GUGAGAGACAUGGAGAGAGAGUGAGAGAGAGACAUGGAGAGAGAGAAAGAGAGUGAGAGACAUGGAGAGAGACAUGGAGAGAGAGAAAGAGAGUGAGAGAGACACAUGAAGAGAGAGUGAGAGAGAGAGACACACAUAGAGAGGGAGAGGGGGGAGGAGUUCCUGACUUGGCCGGAGUCCGGACAGUACACUGAGCCCUGAGGUGGGGUGAAGGCGAGGGAGCAGAAUGGACCGGUGGGAGCGUUGCGCGGACACUCCAUCUGCACCACAGCGCACGGUGCCCACGGCAACGGUUUGGUCUGCCCCAGGACAGGCCUCUGGAGUUAGAGAACAGGUUUUAGUUGUGUUUGAAGAGGUAAACCCUACGCAUUCGGUGCCUAACGACCAUCGAUGAAGUUGUUGUUGUAGUUGGUGUCUUUUGAUUACCUGCUCGUGUCGCGGGGUGAGUUGGAGUAGAAGGAAACCCGUUUUUUGGUGGGGGGCAGGUGGGGGUCCGAUGCCAAAGCACUAUGGGGCUGGAGGGCAUGGAGGUCAUGGGCAUCGCCGUGGUGAUCUGUCUCUUUGUAGUUGUGCUCAAACAGUUUGGUAUCUGGGAGCCCCUGUCCCUGGAUGGUAAGUAGACAGCUGUUGUCUGUCCAAGACCUUUCAAUUAAGGUUUUUAUUUUUUAAAAAUUUGUUCUGUGGGCGAGAUGUAAUUGGAGGUUAACAGGCAGAUGUCUCCACUCUGCUUGGUUGUUUUUGUAAUACUGUUUUAAAAACAAUAGGAAUUGACACGUUGACACGUUGUAGUGCACCUACUGUCUGUGUGAUGAAAGAAGAUAGGAAACAUAGAUGAUUUAAAAUACACUUUCUAAUUGUCUGAAUAUGUGCUUUUUCCUCUCACCUCGUCAAACCCUCAUCGCUCUCCUUUAAGACGGUGAGUAACUUCACUCCACUCACUUUGUGAGCUGAAUAUCUGUGUGAUUUCUUACUGCGUCUUUCGUUUUCACCCUUUCCUAUUUCCAUUAUCAUCUUCCCAUUUGAAUCUCCCCACCAUUCUCCAAACCUUAAAAAAUGACGGUUGUGUGUAAAGAUGAGAGCUGUGACAUGGAGCUGGAGCUUUCCAUGGUGCGACACCAGCCAGAGGGGCUGGAACAGCUACAGGCCCAGACCGCGUUCACCAAGAAGGAGCUGCAGUCGCUCUACAGAGGCUUCAAGAAUGAGUGUCCCAGCGGACUGGUGGAUGAGGAGACUUUUAAGAUUAUUUACUCCCAGUUCUUCCCUCAAGGAGAUGCCACCACCUAUGCACAUUUCCUGUUCAAUGCAUUUGACAUGGACAGAAAUGGUUCAAUACGGUUUGAAGACUUUGUGAUCGGAUUAUCCGUGUUGCUUCGGGGCUCUGUGACUGAGAAGCUUCGAUGGGCCUUCAACCUGUACGACAUCAAUAAGGACGGAUACGUUACUAAAGAGGAAAUGCUGGCCAUAAUGACGUCCAUAUAUGACAUGAUGGGCCGGUACACAUGUCCCAGCGUUCGACACGACGCGCCGGUCGAUCAUGUGGAGAGAUUCUUCCAGAAGAUGGACCGGAACAGAGACGGAGUGGUGACCAUUGAUGAGUUCAUAGAAACUUGUCAGAAGGAUGAAAGUAUUAUGGCGUCCAUGCAGCUCUUUGAGAACGUCAUCUAGGAGCAUUAUGAAAUCCUCGGAGUACACAGUGUGCUUAUUUUUAAAAGACCUCAUUGUCACCAGUAAGGAUAUUGCAUGGGACAUGAUGGUAACAGAACCCAUCCUCUUUAUUCCAAAGCUUGUUUCAGUGUAUGCCACGUUCAAAAACACUUUCAGUAACACUGUUAUGUUCUAGUUAGGAAUGCAAUUGAAUGCAAAGGAUUAUGCACAAGAAAACUUUCUACUCAAGCACAAGUUAAGAUCUUUUUAUUAUCACUUGAAAUGGGGCAACAUGGCCAAAUCAGGGCGGUUGUUUGAAGACACCAGACUGGGAUUCAUUCCUGCUUUGCAAUGCAAAUCACAGGCGUAGGGUUAGUCCUGUGAUUGUAACUCGGGUUAGAAUCACAGGGGAACAGAUGGAUGAGUUAGUGCUGUGAUAUACUGUAAACCAAUCGGUUGAAUCACUUUCUAAAUGUGAAAAUACUUGUUAUUUGCUCCAAAAUAAACAUCUACGUUCACCUUUAA